AUGACCUCUGGCCCCAACCCCACAUCAAAAGCUCAGGAUCUAGACCUCCCAGCCAGCCAGUCAGCCAGCCAGCGGCGUACGAGAGAGAGCGGCGAGAGAUCUCGACUUCCUCGACAUUCCGCAGUACUCUCUUCCUUGCUGCGAAACCAUCGUCGCCUUCUCGCGCCGGACUCGCCAUUGUUCAUCUGCUUGCCGGGGCGCUCAGCUCAGCGCAUCUCCCCCAAGCUCCACUCCGCUCAACGUGAUACCUCGACCUCGACCUCGACCUCGCCCUUGCCCACAGUUUGCGCCGUCCUUGUUCUCUACGUCGCCGAUAGUCGGCACAGGUCCAGCAUGGAGCCAGUUAUAGAUGUGAGCUGGAUGAACCAUGGGAAGGACAAGCUGGGCAAGCAUGGCACCACAAAACCGAGCUCGACAACCCCUGGGACCCAAGACUCCUCAGCGACAAGCCAGCCGCUCGAUACCGCAACGCCUAGCAAGGUAAACGGCAAGACAGCUCCGCUAUCACCACCGCCCUCACCGCCCCUCGCCUCGACGCCACCCACAUCCAAGCCGAUUCCCCCUCGGCAAGGUGUCACGAGAAGUAACUCCAUAGAAGACAAGAAGUCUCCUGGACCGAACGGCACACCCCCUCAGCGAAGGGGGUCGUGGUUCUCCAAGAUAUCCGGCACCUUUUCCUCGUCUCCAAGCGGCGCGCCACAUGCUCCGCCAGCUGCGGCCUCCGACAACAUCGAUGGUGACGAUGUCUCGCCACUCCCUAAGAUCACGCCGAACAAGAACGCCGUGCUUCCGCAUGCAGCAAGACAAUCUGGCGAUGGCCCAUACGUACCAGCGCCACCAAGGGGUGGACAGCCUGGCUUCUUUCAAGUCUUUCGACGGAAAUCAUCUUCCAGCGGAUCGCUACCCGGAAGGAACAACCACGGUCUGGUUGAGCGACGGGUCUUGAACGUCGACAAGCAGAGGGAGCGACCUCGGUUGAACGAGCUGAACCAAGCCAAGCUGCGUCGCGUAGCCUUUUGUGUGGACGUCGAAAUCGCCCCAAUGCCCAAGUAUUCCGACUCGGAAACAGGAGACAACAAGGACGAGGAGAAAACGCAGAAGCGUAAGAUUGCCGAGAAAGGCGAAGGGGAAGCAUUGAAGAGGCCCAAAGCCGUGGAGGAAGAAAAGGAAAAGGCCGGCGAGGUCAAGGCUACGGGCGAGCAACUGCCAAAGGAGCCACCGAAAGAGGGGAACGGCGCGGUGAAAGGGACCAACGGCCAAGCAAAGGACGGCAUUGCAGUGACGACUACCGAGCAGAAACCGGAAAAGGAGACAACUCGUAAGAAGGAGAAGAAAAAGAAGAGUGAGGCGGAACGCAAGGCAAAGAAGGAGCAGAAGCGAAAAGAAGCUCUGGAAAAGGGGGCGAUUCCUAUGGAGAUCCAUCUCGACAGCGACUCAUCGGCUGACGAGGCCGUGAUACCCCAGAUUCCGAGGCCGAGCAAAUUUGCCCCAACGACAAACCCCGGACGGAUCUAUCGGAGAUGUUGCCAGUUACGAGAGACCGAUAUCCUGACCAAGAUCACCUCUCAGCUCCCCAAGGCGACCGAUGUCUGUCCUGGCGGUCUCGUGGAGAAGAUCGACCUGACUGGGUACUUCAUGUCUCUCCCGGAUCUGGUCACUCUCGGAGAUUUCUUUGCUGUUGUGCCAGUGAAGGAGGUGAUCCUGGAGGAUUGUGGCCUCACGGACGAAGGUGUCCGCGUUGUCCUAGCCGGUCUUCUUGCUUCAAAGAAGCAGAAAUUGCGGCACCGCCGAUCUGUCACGAAGCCUGCAGAUCUUUGCCAUCAGGGCGGCGUUGUCGAGAGGUUGGUGCUCAAGAACAACAAGCUGGGAAUUGAGGGGUGGAAGCACAUUUGUCUGUUCAUUCACAUGUGCCGUUCUCUGAAAUGUCUUGAUCUAUCAAGCAUCCCGUUUCCUGCCCCUGCCGAACCGGUCAAGACGCCCUUGACGCAUCAAUUUCUCCAUCAUAAUGGGCAGACCCCUAUCACCCAGAUCGAUCCGUCUCUGCUGCUUUGCAAAGCACUCGGCGAACGGCUUGCUGGUCCUGAGUUAGAACUACUCAACCUUGGUGACACAGGAAUCAAGGCUGCCCAGCUCGGCGUUGUGCUGGACGGAUGCCUCAAGUCUGGCAUAUCACGGUUGGGGCUCGCGCACAACGAUCUCGAUGCCCAAGGUGUCGAACACGUUGCCAGGUACCUUCGCGGUGGCAAGUGCCAGGGUCUAGACCUCGGCGGCAACGAUCUCAGAGACCAUUUGCAAGCCAUCGCUGAGGCGAUAGAUGAGAGCAAUAGUAAUUUCUGGGCCGUGAGCUUGGCAAAUAGCAACCUUACACCUGGCUCCUUGUGCAAGCUCUUGCCCAAGCUGGCCCAGCUCACUAACUUCAAGUUCAUCGACCUAUCACAUAAUCAUGAGCUUUGCGAGUCGCAGCCCAGUGCCAUCGGACUGCUGCGAAGAUAUCUGCCAAAGCUUCACGCCCUAAAACGCCUCCAUUUGGCGGAUGUGGCGAUGACAUCGGAGCAAGCCAUUGCCGUUGCAGAAGUUCUACCCGAAGUCAGCACACUCGCGCACAUCAACCUUCUUGAAAACCCCGAGCUUGUCAGCCUAGCAGAUGCGAAGUCCGAGGAUACACAAGAAGAAGCAUGCGCUCUUUAUGCUUCGCUCCUUGCAGCAGCGCGAGUUUCUGAGACUCUCGUCAAGAUCGACAUUGAUACACCAAGUGUUGAAUCCUCGGAACUUGUUAAGGCUCUUGCUAAUCAAGUCCUGGCCUAUUGUCUCCGCAACAUGCGUAUGGCGCCUGACCUUAGGGAGAAUGUUGCUAACGAACAAGCUCCUGGGCAAGUGAAAUACCCUGAUGUGCUACGGCACCUUGUUGGGUAUGAGGAAGACUUGCCAGUUGUUUAUUCCAGUAACGAAGAAACUGAUCCUGCUCCCGAUGAGGACUAUGUGAUCGGUGGAACCGGUGUUGUCAAGGCUCUCACUUGCUGUCUGAACAACCUGGACGAGAACUCGAGACGGAACUCCGGCGAGUUCAUCAAGGAGCUUGAGACGGGUACCAGUGCACCCGGUGCUAAGGUGCCCGCCGGUAAAGCGAAGAACAUGUCCAAACAUCUCCUGGCCAGUGCCCGUAAGAUCCGGGUACGACUUCAGCCAGCUCUGGCUCAGGCCAAGGCCAAAUCAAGUGUGGACAUGAACAACUACAAUCGUCUUUUGUUCCUUGACCAAACUCUGCAAGGUAUUAUUGGUCGGUUUGAGGACGAAUUUCCCGAGACCCGCCAAGAGCAGACACAGGUCAUGACACCGCACUAUGGACCACCAGCUCUACCGCAACGUGGCAGCUCGUUCUCCUCUGCUGAAGCAGAGCCGGUGUUCACUGAUACAGAAGAGCUUGAAACCGAGUUACGAUCAUCCUCUCGCUCACGUUCGAACUCGAUCAUGUCGCAUACAUCAAAGCAACUUGCCGAAGAGGAGGGUCGCGCGCUCCGUGUUGGACACAAAUUCCGGCGUGGUUUCAUUCCUGCACACUACAACUUGCUGUCAGAUCCCGAGAUCGCAAAUGACCCGGACCAGAAAAAGCACAUCGAGCAUUUGCUAGACGACCUUGGUUCAGAAGCUGAGGACAUCCGGAAGAAGGUAGAAGAGAAGGGAGCCCUGGUCACUUUCCAAGAGAACAAGGAUGAAAUACUGAAAAGGUUGCGCGACAAAGAUCCAGCGGGAUGGGAUCGUUUCAUUGAGGCCCAGGAGAAGGCACGGGCGAAUAUCCAACUUCAGAUGAAUGCUCCUAAGGCAGUUCUUCCGGACGAAAGUGCCAUCGAGGACUAG